UGUUUGUGCGUUGGUGCGCAUUUCGUUCAAAGUCUCGUGCGCCGGUGUGUUUUGGUGAAGUGUGAAGUGAACAAACAGUCUGCACAGACGAACAAGCAGUGCGUAGAUCGACAGGUUCUUACCUGUUUACCUCUGUACCUGAUUUUCUGAACAGAGGCAACGCAGAUUGUCGACAAGUUUCCCGCAGCCUGGCUCGAGCUCGACCCGGUACUUUGCAGUAUGACGCCAUUCGUCGAGGGACGCUUUUAGGCCGCUGCCAGACACACCCAAAACGAAAAUGUUUGACAACCGAAAAGUAAGGCGGAAUCAAAGUGGGUAGAAAGGAGGUGUCGUCAUACAGAACAUCUGGCCAUCAAGGCUUUAGAAAAAAGCACAAAACCAGGAUCAAAUGCGACGAAUGUUGCUGGUAUACGGACCACCUUCUGCAUUGCGCUCUGGAACUGCAAGUAGGCUCGUGGCAAAUAAUGGGAUUUCUAUGAUUUCGUCGACAUCCCAACGCAUUGGAACAGCUUUAGGAAAUGCUGGAAAUCGCAUGGCAGACCGUCCAAUUACACAGCAUGGCAUCAGUGGCCUUUCGACGUCUUACGGACGUCUUGGAACUGCUGGUAGUAGUAAUCGUCAAAUUAAAGACAAACGCUACUGGCAAGCAGUAUUACAAAGCAAAAUUCAAGAAAUCAAUCAAGAAACAACAAAGAUUUUGAAAGAAAAAAAGUUUCUCGAUCGUGAACGAUCAGCUAGAAAGCUGUACGAGAAACGUGUAAAAGAAGCUGCAAAAGAAUUGACAAACCUACAAUCCACCCUAACGUCGAUGAAUUUAGCCUUGGACAACUGUACAUCGGGUAUGACACGGCAACAUCUAUUAAACGAAACGGUAGCAUUACGAGAACGCAACGAGCACAUUCAGGAACAGUUGGAGGUAAUUUUCAAGCAGCGACAACAAAAAGACAUCGAAAACAAGGCUCUGGAACGAAAUACUGAACAGGAGAAAAAUAAGGUGAUUGAAAUGAUCAAUUCGCUACCAGAAGAGGAUCAGCACAAAUAUCGGGAAUACCAAGCUUUGUCGGAAAAUCUUCGCAAACAGAAUGCCAUUUACCAUAGCCAGAUAAGCGAGAUGGAAAAACAAAAGGACAGACUUAACACAAUGAUUAUGAACUCACAAUCUCGUUCUGAAGCACAUCGUCUAAAAUCAAAGUUGAAAGAAUUGCUAAAUAAACGAAAUGCUUUACGAGAAGAGGAAAACAAUCGCCUCUCGCCAGCUCAGGAGCGCGAAAAACUAAUCAACGAUGUACGAUCUAACAACCAGGCGCUAGCUAGUAUUGGCAAACAACUAAAGAUCGUUGAAGAUCAAUUGAUAGAAAAAAAAGAAUCAUUACAGCAGAUCGACCAAGAUCUUGAAGAAGGAAACUCCGAGCGCCAUGUAAAGUACAAGGAGCUUAAAAAACGAGAUGAUGUAAUGUCGGCAUUUAUGGACAGUUUUAAAAGCAAUAUGCAUCAGGAACAGCAAUGUAUAGAUACGCUGAAAAAUCAAAUCACAUAUGCUAUUGAGCAAAUUACAAUGCAAGGAAUCAACAUGAACGGGAUGUAUGAUGCGAAACUAGAAGGAAACGGAUUUACAUCUAAGAAUGAUCUUAAUUCUCACUCGGGACUGAUGAAGGAAUACAAAAAGCUUGGCAUACAACUCAAGCAACUCCAAAUAUUGGAAAAACGUACAGUGCAACAAAUGAAUUCUCUACGCCAGGAAGAAACAGAAGCUCUGCAAAGUAUUCAAAAGUAUGCUAACUUGGAAAUACCUCGAUCCGAGGCAAUUGCAAAAAUGAAUGAGCUUACUACCAUCCUUCAAGAGAUGGAAGAUAAAAAACGUGUUACAGAAAAUGUGGUCGAUGAAGCUCGCAAUAGAAACCAUGAGAUAAAGAUUAAUCUGAAAAGUAACGAUACAUAUCGACAAAUUUCUCAUCUUGAAGAUAAGCUGAUAGAUUUAAUGAAAGACAAUAAAGUGCUUCAAGAAACAGUGAAAAACAUACAGCAGGAAAACGACUACUCGAAAAUACGUACUGAAGUGCAUGAAUUAGUAAAUGAACACAAUACACUUUUAAUUUUGUAAAUUUAAAUUCGACAGUGUUUCUUUCCAGAGGACUCAAACAAACAACCCCUAAAUCAUAAUUAAAUCGAUAUCAAAUAUUAUUCUUCUUCUUCUUUGGCUCAACAACCGUUGCCGGUCAAGGCCUGCCUGUACAACUUGUGGGCUUAGCUUU